AUGUCCGCGGCGCCACCUAUUGUACACAACCUCGUGCUAAACAGCAUCCGGGACUGUAAAGAGCUUUUGGUCAACGUGCGCCCGCGAUCGUUCACCUGUGCUAAUCCUCUGACACCACUGAAUCCAGAAGAGGUUGAACAUGAAGCCGACGGCAUCGCGGCGAAUGAAAUUCGGAGCAGUUCCACGGAAGUGCUAUGA